AACGAUUCUCGGUUCUUACCUAGACACACCCUAAGCAAAGAAAGAAAACAGAUUAACCAUGAACGGAUGAACCUACGGUAGACUGUAUCAGAAAAUCGUUUCCCUCCGUUGUCAUUCUCAUGGCAAACCAAAUUUUAUCGCGUCCUGCAAAUCCAAUUCAAACUUUAACUUUUCUCAACUCAACUUGCAGUCUCUUAAAGAAGUCCCCAUUCCUUAAACAUAAGAAAUUCUCUCUCUCAUCUGCAACUCCAAUUAGAAAAUCAAUCACAGACUUUCAAAUUAGGGCAUCACAAUCCCACACUCUUACUAGAAAUUACUGUGCAGACUCUGUGGUUGUUCAGGAGGAUAAAAGUUACGGAAACAAACAGAUUAUUAGUGUUACUUCUCAGCUUUACGGUUACAUACUUUCAAAUGUUCGCGAACCAGAGAUACUGAAGAAGCUUCGAGAAGAAACGUCUUCGAUGAGAGGCAGUCAAAUGCAGGUAUCUCCGGAUCAGGCUCAACUGCUUGCAAUGCUUGUACAGAUUCUUGGAGCAAAGCGUUGUAUAGAAGUUGGCGUUUAUACUGGGUACUCAUCUUUGGCAGUUGCUCUAGUCUUGCCAAAAUCAGGUCGUUUGGUAGCGUGCGAAAGAGAUACAAAUUGUCUUGAGAUUGCAAAAAAGUACUAUCAACAAGCAGGUGUCACUCACAAGGUGGACAUUAGACAUGCAUUAGCAGCAGAUACACUAAAAUCACUUAUUGAGAAUGGAGAAGCUUGCAGUUAUGAUUUCGCAUUUGUUGAUGCUGAGAAGAAAAUGUACCAUGAAUAUUUUGAGUUGCUUUUACAGUUGGUGAGAGUUGGGGGUGUAAUUGUUGUUGACAACGUUCUCUGGCAUGGAAAGGUUGCUGAUCCACAAAUAAAUGAUCCACGGACUGUAAGCAUAAGAGAUUUCAAUAAAAGCGUUACAGAGGACAAUCGUGUUAGUGUAAGUAUGGUACCUAUUGGAGAUGGCAUGACAAUAUGCCGCAAGCUGUGACAGUAGAUGAUUGCUGGUUAAUCCAGAUCCAGAUUCACAUGACAUUUUCUGGCACACCUUCAAUGAAGUGCAAAAAACACUUCUCCAUGUGAUGGUUAACAUAGUGUUCACAAGUAUAACAAUAUCACAUGAACCACAUUAAUUCCCACAAUUUUCCUUAUAAAUGGCUCGUCCCUGUCAGUAUGUCGUUGCAAAAUAGCAAACAUAUUCUGGAUUUGAAGAGAAGUCCCCACUCCCCAGUAAAGAGACCAACAGCGACGACAGUGGGAACAAUCAACUUCUUCCCUGUUUGGUAGAGGGUUUCAUUGUUCAGAUCAGAUGUAAAAAGUGAUCAAAUCAUGAAGUCCUAGCAGUUUUAUUUCUGCUCGCCUGAGGAUUGAUAUUUUUUUAACGUAUUUUCAGUUGCCGGAUCAUCCAUAAAAUGACUGCUGAGACAUGUGACAUAUUAAUGGCUACAUUUGCUUUUCUUUCUUU